AUGACAACCACUCCUAUAUUGUUUCACACACAGGAUUAUCGUGGCGCUACUAUCGAGGACCUCAAUAUCCCACAAGCAUUGUCCGUCAAUCCAUCGACUUCAAUCUAUGGGGCCAUCGAACUCGGCUUUGAAAAUGAGUUUACAUAUUUACCAGUGAUCCACGAGUUAAAUAAACGAUUACUUGGAGUGAUCAACCUUGAGCAGUUCAAACAAGGUACCGCCCAAAUCAAUCAUGCAAAACAAGAACCUACUGUGUUUGAUUAUAUGAUUUGGUUCAACCAAAAUACCAAAAGAAAAUAUGAAACUGAAAUCAGAAACAAUAAAAAUAUUCAGAACGGAACGGGAGAGGGAAAGGGAAAGGGAAAGAUUUUAGAAACUACUUCACCAAAAACAAAGAUCUUGAAACCAAAGGGGAAAAGAUAUAGUGUAUUGACCCCAUUUAGUCCUCUAGAGGAUCUCGCGGGAUUUUUCAACAGAGGAAAUUAUUUUGCCAUAGUGACUAAUGAUCUGGGGAAUUUUGUUUAUGGUGUAGUAACGCCACAGGAUUUGAUGAAGUACGAGCAAAGCAGACCAAAGCUUUAA